AUGUCCAACGUCGAGGUUCCUGAUAACCUGAAGCAGCAGAAGCCUGCUGCACGGGGAGGCCCGCCAUCUGUGUAUUUCCCCCUGGGUUACAAAGAUGCCGCAUAUCAAUGGUGGACAAGCGUCACUCCGACGAUGGCAGAGCACAACGUCCUUUCUCUAGUCCCCUACCUCAAAGAAGCUGCCGACAGCGUCACAUCGACCUCUGCCUCGGCCUCAACCACAGACAGGCCUGAUCCCCACGGAGCCAGAAUAUGGCGCCGCUCACUCGUUCAACUCUCUGGCAAAAAUCGCGCCCUCAACGAAAUCUGCGUUGAAAGACGAGGCGAAGAGGUCGAGGAGACGCUCGUCAUGAUCCACGGAUAUGGCGCCGGCUUGGGCUUUUUCUACAAGAACUUUGAGCCCAUCACCCGCAUGCCUGGCCUCAAGCUCUAUGCUCUCGACAUGCUGGGCAUGGGCAACUCGUCAAGACCGCCUUUUAAGAUCCACGCCAAAGACAAAGAGGAAAAGGUCGAAGAAGCAGAGAAUUGGUUCAUCGAUGCGCUCGAGGAAUGGCGGCAAUCCCGCAAAAUUGAACGCUUCACUCUCCUCGGCCACUCGCUUGGCGGCUACCUCGCCGUUUCCUACGCCAUCAAGUACCCAGGACAUUUGAAGAAGCUCAUCCUCGCAUCCCCCGUUGGGGUUCCCGAGGACCCGUACGCCGUUAACGCAAACCUCCCCGAGCCCGAAGAGUCGACGCUCCAAAGCGAGUUCACUCAGGACCAGCAAUCUGUCACCGAAAGCCGCAAGCCGCCCUCCACACCCCCUAACGGACAAGCAUCAAGUGCCCCCAAGCGCCCUCUGCCAAGCUGGCUCGUCUGGCUCUGGGAUGCAAACAUCUCCCCCUUCAGCAUCGUCCUCAUGGCCGGCCCGUUUGGUCCCCGCUUCGUGUCGGGCUGGAGCUCCCGCCGCUUCAACCAUCUCCCUCCCGAAGAAGCCCAAGCCCUCCACGACUAUUCCUUCUCCAUAUUCAAGCAGAAAGGCAGUGGUGAAUACGCAUUAGCCUACAUCCUCGCGCCUGGCGCAUACGCCCGCCGCCCUGUCAUCAACCGUAUUCAUCAAGUCGGUCGCCAGCCUAUCCCGCAGACAGACAGCAGCAGGGCCCGCAAAGAAACCGGCAUCCCCAUCGUCUUCAUGUACGGCGAAAACGACUGGAUGGACGUGGCAGGUGGCUUGGCAGCAGAAGAGAAGCUCAAGGAGGCCAAGCUCCAUGCGCUGCUCCACGGCACAGACGACGAGAAGCGCAAUGAGAACGGGAGUGUGAAAGUGGUUGUCAUUCCCAAGGCCGGCCACCAUUUGUAUCUUGAUAACCCGGACGAUUUCAACAGGCUGUUGACAGAGGAGAUGGAGGAGACCAAGGCUGCUGAGAAGAAGCGCCUUGUGCUAUAG